GGCCGCCGUUUAUAAACGCCACCGCCACAGCCGGCGACGUUUCAGUCGUUUUUUUGCCACGACCGGUGAGUAUCGUUUUGUUUCGCCCUGUUGUUCGAUCGACCAAGAUUUGCAAUCCCAUCGGGUGUUCUGCGCAACGAGAGCCAUGAAGCCUAUUGUUUUGUUAGCGUUGGUGGUGGUGUGCGCCCUCGCCUUAAUCGAGAGUACGAGCGCCGUGCCGACGGACACGACCACCACCGUGUCAACGAAACGAGUUAAAGAGCCGAAGGAGAUCAAGGAGACGGCAACCGCGUCGAAAGACGUGAAGGCGGCGAAAGAAGCGGCGAAAAGGAACAAAAAGGACUGCGCGAAGGAAUGUGGUCUCGAGUACGAUCCGAUUUGCGUGCACGAUCCGAACGACGCCAACUUCAAACCGAGGACGUUUGGUACUCAGUGCGCCCUGGACGUUCACAACUGCGAAAUGGGAACGAAGCUGGUGUUGAAGAACAAGGGCGAGUGUCCUGGAUCCGGCGGCGUGGUUCUCUCUUGAGGAACGAAUCUCUCAUUUUAUCCGGCUGCUCCGCUCACACACAAACAGGAAACAAACCCGCCAAAUGCUUGAACGCUUAUGCGAAGUCGCGCUUUGGGCUUUGGCUCUAGAUCUAGCUUUAGCGAGAAUCAAACACUCGAAUGGAAAUGAUACCGAACAAAAGAAAUAAAGGAUUUCGUAAAACAGA